CAGCAGUCCACGGAAGUCCUGUCUUGCAUAGUGAGUUGAUCGCUGCAGCAAGAAUAAGGAAGUCAGUAUACCACGUCGAGAUAAUAUGGAUGACACUGGAGGAGACAUGCAUUUCACGGAAGGCAGUUCAAGUGCUAUUACUCCAGUUCUAAGAAUAAGUCAGCUUGAUGCUUUUGAGUUGGAUACAGCUUUAGAACAGCUUGUUUGGUCACAGUUCACCCAGUGUUUUCAGCAUUUUAAACCUGGACAGUUAACCCACUUUGAACCAGAGCUAAAAGCAUUUCUACAGCUUCUUUUGUGGAGAUUUACCAUUUAUUCCCAGAGUGCCACCGUUGGACAAUCUCUUCUGAGCAUCAGAUACAAGAAUGACCUAUCUCAAGCUCAAAAGUACCAACCAAUGAGCCGACAACAGAAAUUGUGGUAUGCUCUGUGCACAAUUGGAGAAAAGUGGCUGCAAGAGAGGUCUCAUGACUUAUUCACAAACCGACCAACAGAGUCUGCAUUUCACAAAGCAAAAUAUUUAAUAGGUAUAAUAUCUGGCCUUACAAAAGUUGCAAGUCUGUUGAAUUUUCUUAUCUUUCUUCAAAAAGGAAGAUUUCCCACAUUGGCAGAACGAUUUCUUGGAAUCCGAGCAGUUUUUAGUAGACCUCAGGGCAUCCGUCAAGUUGGAUUUGAAUAUAUGAAUAGAGAAUUGUUAUGGCAUGGUUUUGCUGAAUUUCUGAUUUUUCUUUUCCCGCUUAUCAACACAAGAAAGCUGAAGUCAAGAUUAUGCGCUUGGUUUUCCCCCCUUGACGGUUUCAAGAUCAGUGAUGCCACACUAGCCAGGCAAUGCAGAGAGUGUGCUCUGUGUGGUGAAUGGCCAACCUUGCCACACACCAUCGGCUGUGAUCAUGUUUUUUGUUAUUACUGUAUUAAAAGCUGUUCCAUAUCUGACGUAUACUUUGCAUGUCCUAAGUGUGCUUUGGAGGUUCAGAAAGUUGAACCUGUGAAACUACAGAUUGAAAUGACAGACUUCAACAAAAGCUAAUGGAGCAGACACAGUGAAUGUAUGAGGUGUCAUGAAAAAUUGUAUAUACCAUACUGUAGAUUCUUCUAAGGACUUGAAUUUAAACUAUAUUGGGACAUCACUCUUUCAGUGGACAAUAAUGAUUAUUACAGACAAAGGUAAUUGCAUUUAAAAAAAAAAAAAGUUGUAGUGUAAUCCUGAUAAUUGCACUUAUGUAAUGUUCCUUGUUCUGUAAUAGUGGAACUCCCUCGUUCAAAUAAUGCCCUCGACUGCCAGUCUGGCUUUAUUGACACUUGAGUCCUUGAAACAGGCAACAGCAAGGCCAUUAUCCAUUAAUUAAAGUUGUUCAUUAACAUAUGAAUAACAACUUGGCAUGUUAAGUUGCUCAGUGUAAUUCUUAUCAAACAUUUUUGUCUGCUCACUCAGAUGAAAACUGCUCAGGCAGAGCAGAACUGAGCACAACAGUUAUCUAACACACUCACUGUUGCCUUUUAAAAUAGAUCAGUUUUAGUUCACAAUAAAAAGCCAUUAUCUUUGCUUCUCUUAUUUGAGUAGUAGACAGGUAUUUAUUAUCAUUUGCAGAUUUAUCAAUUGAUUUUAUCUAUAUUGUAUACAAAAUACAUUUUUCGCAUUGUACAAUUUCAUAAUUCAUGCCAGUGGGUUUAUUUAGAUCAAACACACCCAGUGACAGCAGGGCGCGGAUCUUAUUGGCGGGCAUCUCUGUGCUUAUCUCCACGCAGCUUCUCGAGGCAGUUGUGAAUUGUAACAAUCUUGUAUAGAACUGAAGAACUUUGAGGCAAAUUAUGAACUAAUUCCAAUAAUGAUUUCAAAGAUGGUCUUUAACCCACUUUUAAAUGAGCUUUGCAUGAGGUAAAACUUACACCAAAUGGGCUAGAACUGACUAUAAAGAUCCACCUUUUUGAUCAUUCUUGCUUAGUUAAAUACUUUGAGUAAAGGGAAUGUUACUUUUCUCUCAUCUUAGUAAGGAAAGACACAACUGAUUGCAGUGUUUUUGAGAAAUGGCAAUAUGUGACUUUGUUAAAUAAAAGAACACAACUGAAAGGAAUUAUGAGCAGCUAACCUGUUUUUAGAUUUAUUUUGUUUUGUUAUUUAACUAGUGUGU